AUGGCAGCCGCGGCAACAUCAUGGCACCUCCUACCACCCGACCUGAUCGAACACCAAAUCGGCCAAAUCGAUCUCCUCACAGCAAUGUACCCCACCAAAGACGAGGUCUUCAUCGACAAGGACUCUGAAGAAGCGCUGCAACGCCUCAAGGCGCAUGUCGAAGAGGACUCAUCGACGACACCGUUCAGCCGCACACCAACAGUGACGCUACUACUCACCCUGACCAUCCCGGAACCAGAAGAGGAUCCUUCACCACCACCAUCAUUAUCAUCCCCCAAAACCCUGCAACUGGACAUCAGCGUACCCUUCUCAUACAAAAUAGAAAACAACGCACCACCGCCAGAAGAAGCACCCAGGAUAAAAGUCAGAAUACGCCAGCCAUCGUGGCUCAACCGCGCAGCCACCACACAUCUCAACUCACAAAUCCCAGACGGUGACGAGGACCUCUUCAGCAUCAUAGAGUCAAUCAACGAAGAAGCAGUCACCUAUCUCAAAGAAGCAAAAACAGCAGAAGCCGACUCGGUAGUCUCGGCGGCUGGCAGCGAGGCAGGUCCCCUGGUACGGGUAUGGUUCUACUUCCCCUCCAUCUCGACCCGCUCCAAGCGCGACGACUUCAUCAUCAAUGCCCCCGGAUACCACCUUACAGGCUUCCUUUAUGCCGGAAAACCUGGACUCUUGUGCCUGGAGGGUGGAUCACAGAGCAUCGACGACUACAUGAAGUUUAUCAAGACGGAGAGCUGGGGCGAUAUCCCCGCGCACCACAAAAAGGUCACCGAGAGGCACCGUGAAAAGGACAUUAAGACGAGAGUGUUUGCGGACAUGCAAGAAAUUACAGACUCUGUAGGCGAGAGGAGAGGACAGAGGGCUAACAGGGGCGACAUGAAGGCUGUGGAGGGGUGGCUGUUGGAACGUGGACUUGGAGAUGCUUUUGCAAAGGUGUUGAUGUAG